GUAAAACUGGCGAGUGGGGGUUGCGCGCCCAGUUUUGAGCAGCAAAGCUCACACUUCACCUAAGUUCUGGUGAUCAAAGCUGCUCUGCAUGCGAAGCCGAAAAUAUUGACGUUAUAGGAAUUGUUUGACAUUCUAUACUGCGGAUAGUUAUUUUAGUUAAAGAAAUUGUUCGAUAUUUUAUUCUGCGAACAGUUGUCAGAAAAAAAUGGCAGAUCUUCGAGUUUGGGAGCUAAAGGAACAGAUGAUCUAUGGAUCGAUCAAGGAUUUUAUGGCUGAGAUCGCAAGCAUCUAUGAUGUUCGGCAGGAAAUGAACUUGCGGCGGUUCUUCGAAUGUAUUCGGGAUAUGGGCUGUUGCGCGCUUGCCGAAAUAGAACAAAGAAGAAUACGCCUAGCGAAGGAAGUCCACAACAUGAGGAAUGAGACACUAAAACUUGGAAAGGAUCUAAAAUUUGAGAUCAAAAAUGGUGAAUAUAAAAACUUAUCACUAUACGGCAAGAGAGUCAGACUGCGAGAACAGCUAGAAUCUUUAAAGUCUGAUCAACAAAAAAAAUUGGACGCGAAAAAGGAACUUCUGGAAAAGGAAAAAGAAAUUUGCAAGGUUCUUGGCUCCAAACCCAUUGGAAUGGCGGCAGUAAUACCUACCGAAACUAACUUGACGAGUUUCAGAUUGUACUUGGCCGGAAUUGAAGCUGAAAAGCAAGAGGCAGAGAAGAAACGAAACCAGCUGAAAGUUUUGUGGAAUUAUCUGGACGUGCCGGCUAAACAGCGUGAAGAAUUUCUGGAUAGAAAUAAAAGAUAUACCGCCAGUACGAGAAAAGCUAUCGAGGAUGAAAUCAAAAGAUGCGAGCAACAGAAGAGUGAGAUUAUUGCAAGUAACGUAUCAGAUCUGCGCUCCCAAAUCGAAGUAUUGUGGAAGCGAUGUCGUUUUGGGGAGGAGGACCGUGAAGCGUUCAAACCCUUUCACGAUCAAACUUUUACGGAGGAUUUGUUGAUGCUCCACGAGGAAGAGCUGCAGAGGUUGCGCAAAUACUACGAAACCAACAGAAAACUAUUUCAACUUGCCGAGGAACAAGACGAAAGGAACCAGGAAAUUAUUGAUCUGGAACAAAGGGCGGAGAGUCCGGAUCGUUACUACACUCGACGCGACGAGCGCGAUGAGAACGAACAACGCAUAGAAGAUAUUCAGCAGGAACUGCUGACUAUAGAGAACCAAUUAAAAUUCUUGGUUAACGAUUACGAAACGAAAAAUGGGGGACCAUGUACAAGAGUCGGAACAAAAUUGGUCAAGGCGUUGAGAUCUGCUUUGCCAAAUGCACUACAUGUGGGCUAAAGCUAGAGCAAGUGGUAAGCUAAGCGGAAAAGGGAGAUCCAACACCUUUCAAUACCUCCCAAUAAAUCGCCAUCAACGCCUCGCUUGGUAUCACGAAGGCUGAAAACAACGUCGACCUUGCGCCUCGCCCCCGCUCCAGGUACUUUACUUUUCAUUUUCUGAUUACCUUGACUCGUUUUCAAUUGAUGAAAAAAAUCGAUAGAAUUAAGCAGCGAACUAUUUCCAUUUAUAAUCUCUGUGUACGAUAAAAUAUGCAUUUUAAACUUUUGUAAUCACGGUACUUUGUUGUUUCUCACUUGAAACUCUGUAAUCAAUAAAUUAUUAUAAACAUAUUGCAAAACUCUCCGGGAUUAUUGUUUUCGUUCAGUGCGCUCGAGCAACAGAACUUGGGAACCUGUAAGAUCGGUACGAGUCGGCAUUUUCCAAGCACAUGGCAUUAUACACCGAACGAAAUGUUUGUAAAGACUAA